AGCACCUCACAAGUCAUCAAACUCGAUACUUCCUCCUCGAUCAACGGCGCGGUCAUAAGACGACAGUCGAAUAAACCAAGAAGUUUGGUACCUGUGGCUGUUGAGCCUCCACUGUGAAAAACGAUGGCGAGAGAUCCUCGUGAGACUUGGGCGAAGCUCCAGCAGACCUUGCAGACUGCUCAACAGCAAGGCAAGCGUGGAUUUGGAGGCGGUCCUCCCAAGAGCUUUUUCGCUGGAAUUGGUGGAUUGGUUCUCCUUGGUGGUGCCGUGGUUGUUGCAAACAAUGCCUUGUUCAACGUCGAUGGUGGUCACCGUGCUAUUAAGUACACAAGAGCAGGGGGUGUCAAGAAGGAGAUUUACAAUGAGGGAACGCAUUUCCGCAUCCCAUGGUUCGAAACCCCCAUUACCUAUGAUGUUCGUGCAAAGCCUCGCAAUGUUGCCUCCCUUACUGGCACGAAAGAUCUGCAGAUGGUCAACAUUACCUGCCGUGUGUUGUCAAGGCCGCGAGUCGAUGCUCUGCCUCAGAUUUACCGGACCCUAGGCACAGACUACGAUGAAAGAGUGCUUCCUUCUAUCGUCAACGAAGUGCUGAAGAGCGUCGUGGCGCAAUUCAAUGCUAGCCAAUUGAUUACGCAGCGAGAAAGUGUUAGUCGGCUCGUGAGGGACAACCUCGUCCGAAGAGCUGCCCGGUUCAACAUCAUGUUGGACGACGUUUCGCUCACUCACCUCGCUUUCUCCCCUGAGUUCACUGCUGCCGUCGAGGCAAAGCAGGUGGCACAACAAGAAGCUCAGCGUGCUGCCUUCCUGGUUGACAAGGCACGGCAAGAGAAGCAAGCCAUGGUUGUCCGUGCCCAGGGUGAGGCUCGUUCAGCACAACUCAUUGGAGAUGCGAUUAAGCACUCCACGACAUACGUCGACCUUAAGCGGAUCGAGAACGCUCGCGCCAUUGCCAGCAUUCUCCAGGAGGCUGGUGGCCGGAACAAGCUCUACCUUGAUUCGGAUGUGUUGGGCCUCAACGUCAAUGAUGUGUCAAAGGCUACAAAUGCGAAGAAAUAAAUCAAUCGUGGGGUUUAAAAAAAUAUGUUCUUCUUGCACCUUCUUCACGGUGUUGAAAUUUCAGCGUUGCGCAGAAUCUCCAAUCUUUAGCAAAAGGAUUUCUCCUCCAUGUAUUAAAUUAGGUCUCAGGUAUUUUAUCACGCAUAGUUCUUACAGGGGGAUAUUUGGAAUAUUUAUUUAGUAUACUACAUCAGCUGUUGACCUGCUACAAUGGCACGUAAUAUGGUGUAUAUCAAACUUAGAGGAGCUGAAUGAGAGCUGGAUGGUCUCUGCAUUGAGCAGCUUUUACAAUCACAAGGGUUGACCAGCUAUCUAAUAAAACUCGAGUCAUUGAAAGAUGUACUGGCCAUUAGCGCCCAC